AGUACUUAGUAGUUCUUGCCUGUAUCACAGCGGUUUCACGUUGAAGCUCACAUCAAUGCCAUUGUUAAAAGUAGAUAACUGGCUACUAGUUAACUAUUUAUAGUUGUAUUAUCCUCAGCUACAUCUCAUCUCAUAACCAGGCCAACCUAAAACAGCGGUACAUAUGGAGCUGACAUGGGAGGACGUCCCGCUCCCAGCCCCAGACGGUCUAUUAUUUAACAAAGACCUAUAUGAUAAGUACUCCCUGGCGCCGACCAUCAAGGGACUGUGGGCUAUCGCUGUUGUAAGUCCCACAGUAAAGGUUGACGUGAAGGAGUUAGAGGACACAACAGGACCAGCCAAGCUCCCCUCUACACAUAACCAGUCAAACAGCAGCAGUAACAUAAAUGAUGAGAGGAGUGGCACCGGAGAACCCUGUACUGACAGUCAGGAUGAACACGAUGACCGUAAAGAUGAUCACCCGCCUGCUGGAGAGGCAGUCUCCAGACAGGAACCCAAUCACCCUAGGCCCUCCGGCCAGGACCCCAGCCUUCCCAGCCAGGUACCAGAGUUGUUCCCAGAGCCCAGGAUUCCAUACCCCUGUUUCUCCAGACUCACCAGUAAAGACCAGCUGACAUAUCUCCAUGUGCUGACCAGCAAAAAGCCCAGAGAGGCUUCUCAGACUCUGUUGCUGCAUGUGAACAGUGAGAGGUCAGAGUUCAUGAGGUACCUGCAGGAAGUGGCCAGGAUGUGUCCUGACGACUACAACUACAUAUCCCAGGGGGCCGCUCUCUACUCAGAGGAGUACCUGAGAGCCUGUCUAGACCAAAUGAGGAUGUAUCCCCAACUCUAUCAGAUCCAUGAGAUAACCAGCCUCACAGGAGGAAACUUCUCUUCUAGCCUCCAGCUCAACUUUGAGAAACAGCUGCUCACUAUGGGCGAGGUGGUGAUCACAGAUCACAAAGUGGUGCCUAAUGAAGCACAGUUGGCAUUUGACUACGAGACUGUUUCAUCAGAUAUUCCUCCAGUCAAGAAAGCAAAGCUCUCGCACUCUGGCGUCAGUACUGACAGUAAUGCAGAGAAGCUGAGUGGUCGGUAUGAACCCCAUGUUGUCCUGAGUAGAGAAAGUCUGGUCAGACUGCUGGACAACCACGGUCCGGACUUCACUGAUCCCUGGGAGUUACCUGUAGUGGUCAAAACCAACCCUGGGAGAGGCAGUAGCCAGAGUAAGACGGUGUACAUCGACCCUCCACUGCUGCAGACAGAGAUGACUGUGAGAGAGAGGAGUCUGCUGUUCCAUGAGGAGAGCAUGAAGCUGUCAGUCAACAAGACUGGAAGCAAGAAUGUCUUCCACCUCAUGACUGAGACUCCAGCGAUGAACAAACCACUACCCGCUGAGAGCUCCCAGAGGAGGCUGGCCUCGUUUGAGACCUCUGGUCUGGACUUUGGACUUGAUCUCACAGACUUAGAAACGUUUGGUGAAACGACUCAGUCCCCCAAGAGGCUGAAGACCCAUCAUCUACAGAAAGACUUGGUCAGUCAGCCUAAAACCAAGUCUAAACAGUACAGUGGGACCCUGGGUAAAGAGGUAUCUAAGGCCAGCAGAACUCAGGAUGAAGAGGUGAACUUAUUAUGGACAAACACGAAGGUGGUUUCAGAGACAGAGGGGAGAGAGCUAAGAGAGCAGAGCUGUGCUGAACAAUCAUUGGCUGCUACUGUCCCUUCAGCCAAUCAGCUGAAACCUGGCUCUGUACAGGACUCUGAGGAACAGUUAUCCUCAGGUGGAGACUCAGAAGACGAGCGCCUGGUGAUUGAUGACCCUGUAUCCCCAGUUUCCACCACCAACAGGUUACCCCCAACCACGGCGACCCAACUCUCCCCAACACAUCAACAGGACACUCCCCGAUCCCCCUCUGCCUCCUCACCACCACCCCUCGCCACCGGGACAAGGAGAGUGGCCAGGAAGGCUAAGGUACCAGGAGGCUGUGACCAGCUGGGUCAGAUCCUAGCCAUGCAGAAGGCCAUGCUCAAACCCAAACCAAAUAACAACCAGACCCAGGACCCAGCCAGACCCUGCUCCUCCCAGCCCACAGAACCCCUCUCCAACACAAACCCCCAGUCGCUGGUGAAGCCCUGUGUGUCCAACUACCUGGAGAGUACCCAGGAUGGAGAGACGUAUGUCGACGCCCCUUCUCAAUAUGGACCAAUAGACAACAGGAAGACUGUACAACAAAAACGGCUGCUGUGUGAUGAUCUCAUGGGGGGGGCUGAGGAUGAGGAGGACUAUUCAUCUCCAGAGGAAGGAAACCUGCUGUAUAAACUGUACAGUCUACAGGACCUGCUGCUGCUGGUGCGGAGUGACGUCUGUCUGGCACACACGCGCAGGCUGGGCACCAGCAACAAGGUGGUCCCUGUCUAUGUCCUGUCCAAGAUGGAGUACCAGCUUUCUUAUGGAGUUGAGAGUCUAACUAAUACUGAGGCCUGCCGGCUGUGGGCCGAGACACUACUACACUCCAGCACUGUCCCCUAUAUAGGUCAUAUCAGCGCCCACACUUCAAAGGUAGCUCUGCUCAGGAAGCUGCCAGAAAACUGGAAACCCAACGCUUCCUGUGACUUCAAACCAGCCAAGUCCCUCAACAUACUGCAUCAUCUGCUGAAGAAGAUCACUGGGUUAUCUGAGGGCCACUAUCUGAUUGGUCAUAAGGCAGGGGAGCCCUUCGUAACCAUCUUCAAGGCAACGGAGGGGCGGAGGAUUGUCCGAGAGGCCUAUAACAUGCACCAGACCCAUAGCAGCGUGCCUCCUCCCUCUGCCCUCGGCCCUGUACCCUGGGUACCGCUGGACCCCACGCUGGUCCUAUCCUUCCACCAGAAACACAGCCGGCCACCCUGUACCUUCCCCCCUCCAGACCUGCAACAACACAAGCUUUGUCAGGUUGGAUGGGGAGCUUCGCUGCACAGCUGUUUUCUCCAGAGACGUUGGAUCCGAUCCAGGCUUUUGCUGGGCCACUCAUGGACAUUGAUACUUGCCUCGAAGCCACUGCGUUGUCUUGGCUGUGUGCUUAGGGUCAUUGUCCAGUUGGAAGAUGAACUAGACUAGUCUCCCAGUCCCUGCCACUGAAAAACAUCCCCACAGAACGAUGCAGCCACCACCAUGCUUCAUGGUGUCAGGUUUCCUACAGACGUGACACUUGACAUUCAGUCCAAGGAGUUCAAUCUUGGUUUCAUUAGACCAGAGAGUCUUUAGGUGCCUUUUGGCAAACUCCAAGUGGGCUGUCAUGUUCCUUUUACUAAGGAGUGGCUUCCAUAUUUCCACUUUAGCAUAAAGGCCUGAUUGGUGGAGUGCUGCAGAGAUUUGGUAUUUUAUUAGGAUCCCCAUUAGCUGUUGCAAAAACGAAUUACCUAGGAAGUCGGGGCACCUAGGAAAAAUAUUCAGAUUACAAAGUUAUCAGUUCCUAAAAUAACUUUUCAGAUAUUUUAUCUGAUCAAUUAGUCUUCUAAUUAAUGAAUUAUUUACUGUACUUCCCGUUAGUCUCAUUCCAAACGUCGUAAAUUGUUGGUUAUCUGCACGAACCCAGUCUUCACUAUGAGUCAUCCAUACAUCAAUUGUCUUAAAUCAUUUAUUUAUUACUAAGUAAUUCACAGAAAUGCAUAAACAAACAAACAUGGUAAAUAUGGUUACAUGAAAUGAUAGGAGAAUGUGCCCUAGUGGGCUAAACCGGCAUGUUGGCUUGUUAGACAAAAGGGGGAGUGGGGGUUGACUAAAGUCACUACAGUUAAUGAUUAUAACAAUUGAAAUGCUAAUCCUUUACACAUGAACGCUCACUCAUUCGGGAACAAUUGCAAUCAAGAUAUAUAUUUACGUUCAGUGUGUCGUCUUGAUCGCUGGUGAAAAGUUUGUGUCUUUGGUAGAAUUGUCCGUCUCUCUCCCUCCCUCUCUCUCUCGGUUGUGGUUAGAGGGGAUAGUUCAAAGUGACAUGCAUUAAUUUGUUAUAGAAUGGAUGUUUCGGCAGUUGUCGUUCUUCGCGUUCAAUGAUACCGAAUUCCUAGCUGCAGACUAGUAAUCAAUAUCAAAGACUUGUUCUUAUUCGGUCGUUAUCGAUAGUCUAACAGUUUAACCACGUGGUAAAAAGAUUCAGGUUUACAACCUUUCUCCUUCUAAUGGAGAAAAACAUGGUCAGCAACCUUUAGCCAUCUCGUCAUUGAGGUAAGCUUGGUCUGGUGAUAAUUUCUCAAAGUUGGGUUUUAUUCAGAAUUGCAGAACAGGGCUGUCCCAGGAUGUCUGACCCUAACUGGGCUCAGGGGCGGUCCUCUGAUUUAGUUCAAAUCCAAUUCCCUUUUUGAGUUUUCCUUCAUUAAACAGUCCAAAAUCACAUUGUAAAAUUGUGUAAACAGUAUCAUACUCACUCAUUCAUCUUAUUCAACAAUUAGAUGUAAACCUUAUUUCUGUGGCUAUUUUAUAAACAGCAUAAUGGCAAUGUGGCCACAUCGUCUCCCAUGAGCUUUCUCAAGUUUUGAAAAACGGACUAGUUCGUAGCUGGAUUCUUCACCGAUCUUUUAUACUUUCUCCGGAACAUGAAAUUUGUUUCGUACCUCAAGUUCUGUGAGGUGGAAGGAUUUCCUUUGUUCUCCAUGAAAAACGACUCUAUAACUGUGUGUCCAUGAGGUCUUCUCAGGAAUUUACAACCUCUGACCACAGCAGCCUAGUUGAAGGAGGCAUGGAGAGUGGGAUGGGCUUGCUAUACCCAAAGAGGCCAAAGUCAUGACACGAAAAAAAAACUCCUUUGCACCCCAGUAUCUCUACUUGCACAUUCAUCUAUCACUCCAGUGUUUAAAUUGCUAAAUUGUAAUUAUUUCGCCACUAUGGCCUAUUUAUUGCCUUACCUCAUUUGCACACACUGUACAUAGACUUAAAAAAUGUAUAUUGUGUAAUUGACUAUGUUUGUUUAUUCCAUGUGUAACUCUGUGUUGUUUGUGUCGCACUGCUUUGCUUUAUCUUGGUAAAUGACUACUUGUUCUCAACUAGCCUCCCUGGUUAAAUAAAGGGAACUUGUUCUCAACUAGCCUACCUGGUUAAAUAAAGGGAACUUGUUCUCAACUAGCCUACCUGGUUAAAUAAAGGGAACUUGUUCUCAACUAGCCUACCUGGUUAAAUAAAGGGAACUUGUUCUCAACUAGCAUACCUGGUUAAAUAAAGGGAACUUGUUCUCAACUAGCCUACCUGGUUAAAUAAAGGGAACUUGUUCUCAACUAGCCUACCUGGUUAAAUAAAGGGAACUUGUUCUCAACUAGCCUCCCUGGUUAAAUAAAGGGAACUUGUUCUCAACUAGCCUACCUGGUUAAAUAAAGGGAACUUGUUCUCAACUAGCCUACCUGGUUAAAUAAAGGGAACUUGUUCUCAACUAGCCUACCUGGUUAAAUAAAGGGAACUUGUUCUCAACUAGCCUCCCUGGUUAAAUAAAGGGAACUUGUUCUCAACUAGCCUACCUGGUUAAAUAAAGGGAACUUGUUCUCAACUAGCCUCCCUGGUUAAAUAAAGGGAACUUGUUCUCAACUAGCCUACCUGGUUAAAUAAAGGGAACUUGUACUCAACUAGCCUACCUGGUUAAAUAAAGGGAACUUGUUCUCAACUAGCCUCCCUGGUUAAAUAAAGGGAACUUGUUCUCAACUAGCCUACCUGGUUAAAUAAAGGGAACUUGUUCUCAACUAGCCUCCCUGGUUAAAUAAAGGGAACUUGUUCUCAACUAGCCUACCUGGUUAAAUAAAGGGAACUUGUUCUCAACUAGCCUACCUGGUUAAAUAAAGGGAACUUGUUCUCAACUAGCCUACCUGGUUAAAUAAAGGGAACUUGUUCUCAACUAGCCUACCUGGUUAAAUAAAGGGAACUUGUUCUCAACUAGCCUACCUGGUUAAAUAAAGGGAGCUUGUUCUCAACUAGCCUACCUGGUUAAAUAAAGGGAACUUGUUCUCAACUAGCCUACCUGGUGAAAUAAAGGGAACUUGUUCUCAACUAGCCUACCUGGUUAAAUAAAGGGAACUUGUUCUCAACUAGCCUACCUGGUGAAAUAAAUAAAUAAAUAAUACAGAACAUCAUUAGACAAGAACAGAACUACAUACAUUGUUUAAAAGGCAAACGUAGCCUUCAUAUCAAUGCAUACACACACUAUCUAGGUCAAAUAAGGGAGAGGUGUCGUAUUCACCUCUUGGUAUUUGUCCUAUUUUGUUGCCUUACAAUCUGGAAUUAAAAUAGAUUUUGGGGGGGGGGUUGUAUCAUUUGAUUUACACAACAUGCCUACCACUUUGAAGAUGCUAAAUAUUUUUUAUUGUGAAACAAACAAGAAAUAAGACAAAAAAAUGAAACUUGAUUGGGCAUAACUAUUCACCCCCUCAAAGUCAAUACUAUGUACCUUUUGCAGCAAUUACAGCUGCACGUCUCUUGGGGUAUGUCUCUAUAAGCUUGGCACAACUAGCCACUGGGAUUUUUGCCCAUUCUUCAAGGCAAACUGCUCCGGCUCCAUCAAGUUGUAUGUGUUCCGCUUGUGUACAGCAAUCUUUAAGUCAUACCACAGAUUCUCAAUUGGAUUGAGGUCUGGGCUUUGAUUAGGCCAUUCCAAGAUAUUUAAAAUUUUCCCUUUAAACCACUUGUGUUGCUUUAGCAGUAUGCUUAGGGUCAUUGUCCUGCUGGAAGGUGAACCUCCGUCCCAGUCUCAAAUCUCUGGAAGGCUGAAACAGGUUUCCCUCAAGAAUAUCCUUGUAUUUAGCGCCAUCCCUCAUUCCUUCAAUUCUGACCAGUUUCCCAGUCCCUGCUGAUGAACAACAUUCCCACAGUAUGAUGCUGCCACCACCAUGCUUCACUGUGGGGAUGGUAUUAUUGGGGUGAUGAGAGGUGUUGGGUUUGAGCCAGACAUAGCAUUUUCCUUGAUGACCAAAAAGCUAAAUUGUUGUCUCAUCUGACCAGAGUACCUUCUUCCAUAUGUUUGGGGAGUCUCCCACAUGCUCUUUGACGAACAGCAAACGUGUUUGCUUAUUUCAUUGUUUGCAAUUGCUUUUUUUCUGGCCACUCUUCCGUAAAGCCCAGCUCUGUGGAGUGUAUGGCUUAAAGUGGUCCUAUGGACAGAUUCUCCAAUCUCCGCUGUGGAGCUUUGCAGCUCCUUCAGGGUUAUCUUUGUUGCCUCUCUGAUUAAUGCCCUCCUUGCCUGGUCCAUGAGUUCUGGUCUCUUUGUUGCCUCUCUGAUUAAUGCCCUCCUUGCCUGGUCCAUGAGUUUUGGUGGGCGGCCCUCUCUUGGCAGGUUUGUUGUGAUGCCAUAUUCUUUCCAUUUUUUAAAUAAUGGAUUUAAUGGUGCUCCGUGGGAUGUUCAAAGUUUUGGAUAUUUUUUUAUAACCCAACCCUCAUCUGUACUUCUACACAACUUUAUCCCUGACCUGUUUGGAGAGCUCCUUUUGUCUUCAUGGUGCCGCUUGCUUGGUUGUGCCCCAGACUCUGGGGCCUUUCAGAACAGGUGUAUAUAUACUGAGAUCAUGUGACACUUAGAUAGCACACAGGUGGACUUUAUUUAACUAAUUAUGUGACUUCUGAAGGUAAUUGGUUGCACCAGAUCUUAUUUAGGGGCUUCAUAUCAAAGGAGGUGAACACAUAUGCACCCACCACUUUUUCAUUUUUUAUAAGUUUUUAUACUAUAUGUUUUUAUUUUUUUAUUUCACUUCACCAAUUUGGACUAUUUUGUGUAAGCCCAUUAAAUUAAAUACAUUUAUAUUACAGGUUGUAAUGCCACAAAAUAGGGAACAUGCCAAGGGGGAUGAAUAUUUUUGCAAGGCAUUGUAUGUAAUACUGUACGUUUUCUUGAAUUUGUUCUGGAUUUGGGGACUGUGAAAAGACGCCUGGUGGCUUGUCUGGUGGGCUAAGUGUGUGUGUCAGAGCUUUGUGUUGACUAUGUGAACAAUUUGGGAUUUUCAACACAUUAAUGUUUCUUAUAAAAAUAAUUGAUGCAGUCAGUCUCUCCUCAAUUCUUAGCCAAGAGAGACUGGCAUGCAUAGUAUUUAUAUCAGCCCCCUGAUUACAAUGAGAGUAGAACGUACCGCUAGGUCUUUCCUUGCAGCACUGGACGAAACGACCGGACCACAAUCAAGAUGAGAUAAAACUAGAGCCUGCAGAACUUGCUUUUUUGAGUGUGGUGUCAAAAAAGCAAGGCAUCUCUUUAUUACGGCCAAACCUCUCCCCAUCUUUACAAACAUUGAAUCUAUAUGUUUUGACCAUGACAGUUUACAAUCUUAAGGUAAAGCCAAGUAAUUUAGUCUCAACUUGUUCAACAGCCACACCAUUCAUUACUAGAUUCAGCUGAGGUCUAGAACUUAAGGAAUGAUUUGUACCAAAUACAAUGCUUUUAGUUUUAGAGAUGUUCAAGGACCAGUUUAUUACUGGCCACCCAUUCUAAAAACCGACUGCAACUCUUUAAGGGUUUCAGUGACUUCAUUAGUUGUCCUUCUGUUUCUACAACCUGGAAUCCAUCUGUGGUAAAUUCAAUUGAUUGGACAUGGAAAGGCACGCACCUGUCUAUAUAAGGUCCCACAGUUGACAGUGAAUGUCAGAGCAAAAACCAAGCCAUGGGGUCGAAGGAAUUGUCCGUAGAGCUCUGAGACAGAAUUGUGUUGAGGCACAGAUCUGGGAAGGGCACCAAAAAACAGUCUGCAGCAUUGAAGGUCCCCAAGAACACAAUGGCCUUCAUUUGGAACCACCAAGACUUACUUGAGCUGGCCGCCUGGCCAAACUGAGCAAUCGGGGGAGAAGGGCCUUGGUCAGAGAGGUGAAAGAAAGAUGAACAGAGCAAAGUACAGAGAGAUCCUUGAUGAAAACCUGCUCCAGAGCACUCAGGACGUCAGACUGGGGCGAAGGUGCCCCUUCCAUCAGGACAAAACCCUAAUCACACAGCCAAGACAACGGAGGAGUGGCUUCGGGACAAGUCUCUGAAUGUCCUUGAGUGGCCCAGCCAGAGCACAGACUGGAACCCGAUCAAAUAACAUUUUAUUGGUCACAUACACAUGGUUCGCUGAUGUUAUUGCGAGUGUUGCGGAAUGCUUGUAUCGACCAUCUCUUAAGAGACCUGAAAAUAGCUCUACAGACCUGACAGACCUUAAAAAGAUCUGCAGAGAAGAAUGGGAGAAACUCCCCAAAUACAGGUGUGCCAAGCUUGUAGCGUCAUACCCAAGAAGACUUGAGUACCAGUCAAAAGUUUAGCGUCAUACCUGUAUGCUGGAAAACACUUGGUUUGUUAUUUUUGAUUCAAACAAACUUUUCAUUAAAUAUGAAUACCGAACUUGUUUUUGCGACGCGGUUAGGUUUUAACAGCACCGCUAUUUCUUGUCCCGGAAUCCUGCUUGACAGGUUGAAGCCUGCUUACAAGAAAAGCUAAGCUACUAGCCAUCAAGCUAAGGAAGUUGGUACCAGAUGAGUUUUGCAAUGGAGCCAUCUUUGUCUGGGGAAAGAAAUGAAUUGUUCCAGCGCUGUCGGCGCUGUAUCUACUACGUUUUGUUUCGGGACAAACUGUAUCCCUCCAUGUUCCAAUGCAGCAAUUGUUUGCUUGCCGAGGAUUAUUGGCUUGAGGUGGCUUCCUUGAUCACGCAGGUCGCCAGCCUACUUAAGAAACUGGGGGAAAAACGCAGAGGUGAUGUUAACAUUUUCUACGCCGUUGGCUGGACGGCAUUGUUGGAUGCAUCUCCGCCUUGCCGUUAACAGACUGGCCUGUGUUGCCCGGAGGUCCCCCCAUCUGAUAGCGGAGUCGAUGGAGCACAGCAAGAGGAGCAAGGCAAUCGACGAUGAUCUCAUGUCAUGAGCCGUGUAAGCCAAAGACAUAGGAAUCCCGCAACGCAGUCUACACUCCCAACGAGAGGCCCGGAGUGGAUACAAACAACUAAUAGUUUCGCCAUCCUGGAUCUUCCUGCAUCUUGGUCGCUGGGCCUGUGUCUGUGGUCGCAGUGCCUAAUACUACGAUUUCGAAUUCGUCAUCAGCAACCUUCCGUCCAUGCUCUGGAUCGAGCGGGACUUCUCCAUCUGUGGGAGGCCUGCGCCGGGAGCAACGGGCUCAGUUUAUCCUGCCUCUCUCUCAUCUAUAAAGGGUUCUCUGUGGGAAUGGGCGGAUUUCCUCGUCCUUUAAGCCAUCUGAUUCUGGGCAGCUCCAUGGUAAGACGUGACCGUUCCUGGUGCAAAAACAAUGUCCUAUCUCGGAGCUUGAGUAAAUUACAUUACUAAGAUGCUCCCAAAUGUACUACGUUAGGACAUGGAAAUCCAUUCUAUCAUAGUCCAUGAGGGUUUUAAUGACAUUAUGAAGGGCAGUUCUGAACAGUUGAAACUGUAUUUUAAAGAGGUGAUUGACUCUCUGCUAGACACUAAUAAAAGACCCAUCAUAUCUGUCCCUGUGCCCUUCUCUGAAUCGAGACAUUGAACGUUUUAGCAGGAUUCCAUCUCUUCACAACUGGCGACUUGAUUAUUGCAGCUCAAUGGGUGCAACUUUUGUUGACAAUUUCGAAACCUUUUGGAAACAUAACAGGUUUUAUAAGGAGGAUGGGAUCCAUCCAAAUCAUUUGGGUUCCUGGAUCCUUUUACAGCAUUAUAAGGCUGCGUUGAGACAAUGGCUUAUCAAUGACUCAAACCCAGCUCAGUUGAUCCCUACCAUUGUAACACAGAGUUAUCAAUGCUUUAGCAAAUGUACAUUACACCAGGGGUGAUGGUAGACACAAUGUAUGUAUCUCUAACUGCCCUGAAUAUCUCUGCUGUAAUCAUGUGCCUAUGAACCAGAGUUAUACUGUUAGCACUGAGCCGGUGUGCCCUAGAAGGAAGUCCACUGUGAGCAGCUGAUGCCGCACUAACAUAAAUAACACAAACAUAUCUACUUCUACUAAGCUUCCCAGUAAAGCAAUGAAAACAAACAAGCAUCCCAGAAGAAAAGUGCUCAAAAUAGCCCACGUUACCAUAUGUACAGAAUAAUUUUGCACAGCCAAUUUUUCAGUUUUUGAUUUGUUAAAAAAGUUUGAAAUAUCCAAUAAAUGUCGUUCCACUUCA